AUGAUGAGACUAGAGGGACACUCGGUGGAUACGAAACGAGUUGCUGCACCAGAUAUCUAUACCCCCAGGACCGUCAGGCAUCCCGUGACCUCGCUCCCUCAGCCUUGCACGGCGACACACCCGAGCAAGCCCUCAGCCCGGGCUUCAAAGCCGCCAUGCGAUCAGCUGAUUUUCGCGGAUAUACCAUCCUAUUUUGCGAUCGGCGAGAUGCACAACAUUGAUGACUGGCGCGAGUUCAGGCCCGACUUCACCCACCUGCACAACGUCCGCCGUCUGCUGACACGAAACGUCACUUGGUUUGUAUGCACGGCCACGCUGAACAUUGACGACGAAGAGCAUAUCCUUGACCACGGAGGCUUUAAGGACAAACGCCGAGAUCAUCCGGACAUCUGUUGA